AUGGGAAAGAAGCUUCGUACAGUUUUUCCACAGCACUUUAUUCUUGCAGGUAUGGUGGCCCCCAAUCGUGGAUUCUUAUACGAUAAUACUGCUCUAAAUGGCAUCCGUCUGCAUUGCUCAGAUGGCGAAAUCAUCUCAUCCUCAAUUGUGCAUUACAGUCCUUGGACUGCAGAAAAGUCCUGCAAGUCUGGGUAUCUGACUUCAUUCUCGCUCCGAGUAUCUGCGCACCAGUGGAUGUUGGAUGAUACUGCAGCGAACAAUAUCAAGUUUAAGUGCUCAGAUGGAGCUGUACUGGAAGGAAGUGGACUUGCAUGGGGCAAAUAUGGCUCAUGGAGUCAGUCCUGCUCAAAAGGUGGCAUUUGUGGGAUUCAGACAAGAGUGGAAAACCACAAGCCACAUGUGAGGGAUCACACUGGACUCCAUGAUGUCAAGUUUUUCUGUUGCAGUUAA